GCGGCCUCCGAGUGAUGGCGCUCCGGGCUCCGCCGCGCCUGCUGCUGCUCCUCCUGCAGGGGCCGGGUGGGCCCUACCGGGGCCUGUCUUCUGAAGGGCCCCAGGAGCCGCUGCCUGUGAUCCGCGUCCCGCAGCCUCUGCAGCUGCGGCGCGGGGCGGGGGCCCGAGGCGGGCCUGCGCCGCGGGCCGUAGUGCUGCGGCCCGGCCCGCUGCUUAUCGAGGCGCGGCGGCCCGAAUUCAACCAGCCGGCGCGUCUCACGCUGGGCCGUUGGGAGCGCGCGCCGCUCGCCUCGCGCGGCUGGAAGCACCGGCGUUCGCGCGGCGACCAUUUCUCCAUCGAGCGCACGCACCGCCAGGUGCCCGCGCUGCCUGCCGAGGCCGGGGCCGACGGGGUGGCGGAGCACGAGCACGGGGCUGGGGCCGGCUUCGCCGCGCUGGGCCUGCAGCCCCGCGUGCUGGAGGCCCUGCAGCAGGCCGCGCCCGCCGUCGUGCGGCCCACGUGGGUGCAGCUCCGAGCCGUGCCCCCGCUGCUCCACGGCCGCCACCUGCUCUGCGCGGCCGAGACAGGCAGCGGCAAGACCCUGAGCUACGUGCUACCCCUGCUGCAGCGCCUGCUGAGCCGGCCCAGGCUGGCCGCCGCCUGCCCCGCACCCCGCGGCCUCGUGCUGGUGCCCUCCCGGGAGCUGGCCGAGCAGGUGCGGGCCGUGGCGGGGCCUCUGGGCCGGGCCCUGGAGCUGUGCGUGCGGGAGAUUGGCGGCGGCCGGGGCAUGGGCAGCGUCCGGCGGCAGCUCUCCGUGGAGCCCCCCGCCGACGUGCUGGUGGCCACGCCGGGAGCCCUGUGGAAGACGCUGAAGGGGCGCCUGCUGAGCCUGGAGCAGCUCUGCUUCCUGGUGCUGGACGAAGCGGACACCCUGCUGGACGAGAGCUUCCUGGAGCUAGUGGAAUACAUCCUGGGCAAGAGCCCCAUAGCCGAGCACCUGGCCGACCUGGAAGACCCCUUCAACCCCAGGGCCCAGCUGGUGCUGGUGGGGGCCACUUUUCCGGAGGGAGUGGGAGAGCUGUUGAGCAAAGUCACGGACCUGAGCAACCUCACUACCAUCACCAGCCCCAGGCUGCACUGCAUUAUGCCUCACGUCCGGCAAAGGUUCCUAAGGCUAAAGGGUAGUGAGAAAGUGACGGAAUUGAUACAGAUUCUCAAGCACCAAGGAGAGGACAAGCCCGCCUCAUCUGGGGCUGUUCUGGUGUUCUGUAAUAGUUCCAGUACCGUGAACUGGCUGGGCUAUAUCCUGGAUGACCACAAAAUCCAGCACCUGAGGCUUCAGGGACAGAUGCCUGCCUCCAUGAGAGCAGGCAUCUUCCAGUCCUUCCAGAAUGGCACCAGGGACGUUCUCCUCUGCACUGAUAUAGCUUCUCGGGGCCUGGACAGUACUCGGGUGGAGCUGGUUAUCAAUUAUGACUUUCCACCCACUUUGCAGGACUAUAUUCACAGAACUGGCAGAGUAGGCCGAGUGGGGAGCGAGGUGCUGGGAUCUGUGCUUAGUUUUGUGACUCAUCGUUGGGACGUGGAGCUAGUCCAGAAGAUUGAGCUGGCAGCUCGGAGGCGGAGAAGCCUCCCCGGGAUAAAGAGAGCUGUUAAAGAGCCUUUGCCCCCAAUAGAAUUGACUGGUUAGCUAGCCAGUGACACUAAAAAUGUGGGUAUUUAUGACUGUGAACAAAGGACACUUGUGGCUGUCCGAGAAUGUGGAGAGCCACUCCAAAGUAAGAGAAGGAUUAAACUGCUUUGGGCUUGUGAAGCACCAGUCUGUCUGUAUGUUAGGGCUGCCAAACAUCAGUGUUGAAUUUUGUGUAGCUCUGCAUAAUAGUGUGAACUUUUGUGUAAUAAAAUCUAAUUUGACUGGUUUGCAUUUAGUGUAAACUACCUAGAUAAUAACACCUACUCUAUUUGUAUGGGGUGGGGACGUCCAAAAUUUUUUACUGUGGGAUACAUGAUCAAUAAAUAUGCAGGUCAUAUGAA